AUGGCUUCUACUGACCAUUUCCAACGCAUUUUCUUGGCAUUUCCCUUUGUCUUGGGAGUUUUGUCCUCUCAAGCUUCCUCUCGCCUUCUCAACGAACAAACCAUGCUAGAAAUGUAUGAGCAAUGGAUGGCACGUCAAGGACGCAUUUACAAGGAUGUUGAAGAGAAGAAUACGCGAUUUCAGGUAUUCAAGGACAAUGUUAAACAUAUAAAUGCCUUUAAUGAAGGUGUAGACCGAGCAUACAAGCUUCGUGUGAAUCAAUUUGCAGACUUAACCGAUGAGGAGUUCCGUGUUUCUCAUACUAGUUACAGGAAACAACCAACCAAAGUGACGUCUACCUCAAAACCAACAUCUUUUAGGUAUGCAAAUGUUAUGAAUGUGUCAGCUACUAUCGAUUGGCAAGAGAAAGGCCAAUGUGGAUGUUGUUGGGCAUUUUCAGCAGUGGUAACCAUGGAAGGUAUUAAUCAACUUAAAAGUGGUAACCUAAUAUCACUGUCUGAGCAAGAGCUUGUUGAUUGUAAUGUUGAUAACAAUGGUUGUGGAGAUGGCUCUGUGGAUACAACCUUUCAAUUCAUCAAACAAAACAAUGGCCUCACAACAGAAGAUAAUUACCCUUAUGUUGGACAAGAUGGCACUUGUGAUAGCACCCGAGCAACAGCCUCUAUAGCCAUGAUAAUUGGAUAUGAAGAUGUGUCAUCUAAUAAUGAGCAGGCUCUUCUGCAAGCUGUGGCCAACCAACCGAUUCCUAUUGCCAUUGAAGGUAGUGGAUCUGACUUCAAGUUUUACUCGAGUGGCACCUUCACUGGGAACUGUGGCACCAAUCUUGACCAUGUUGUCACUAUAAUUAGAUAUGGAGCUACUAGUGAUGGGACUAAGUAUUGGUUGGUUAAGAAUUCAUGGGGCUCUAGAUGGGGUGAGAAUGGAUAUAUGAAGAUCAAAAGAGAUGUUGCUGCAAAUGAAGGCUUGUGUGGCAUUGCCAUGCAAGCUUUUUACCCAACUGUGUGA